UCAUGCACGCUCUCUCUCUCUCUCUCUCUCUUCCUUUGAAUCCUCUCUCCUUCCUCUUCUCUCAUACGCCGCCCUUCUCAUGACCCUCACCUAUCCCACCAUUCAUUCCCUUUGCAUUGCUCAUUAAGUCACACAAAAACCUCUCCUUCUCCCUCUUUCUGUCUCUGUGUGUGUCUCUUUCUAUUUGGGCCUCACUCUUCAAUGCCUCUUAGGACCCUGAAAUGCUUAUCUAAUGGAGCACGAAGAAGUAUUGGCCUCCCUUGAGCAGCGUGAUUUCUGAUCACAAGAAGACGUCAGGAUUUUUUAGGUUCUCAAUUACAGCACGGUUUUAAGAUUUCUGAGUUUGGUUUUUGGAGGGGUUUAAGGCUGAGUGAGUCGAUCUGCAUUGGGGAUUGAUAGAGCUGGCUCUGCAAAUUCGUUUUAGAGAAUUUAGUAAUCCAUUAUAUUGCACAAGAUGAGGGGUGGUAAUGAACAAGAUGAUGAAGAAUUCGAGAUGCUUUUGGGAGAGAUUCCAACUGCUACUUCUGCCGGAAAUCUUCACUCAGACGAAUCUGGCAUUAUCAGUUCAUCACCAAGUUUCAUUGUGGCUCCUUUAAAUGAUCAAGCGAUACGAAAAACCUCACAUUCUGAUGCAUUCACUAACUCCUACCAUGCUUCACAAUCAUCUAAGCAUGGUGCUAAUGCAGUAUCGGUAUCCCCUGUUUUUGUUUCACCUGUUUCGUCUGGCUCUUUCCCUUGCUUUUACGGUGCACUGAAUCAGAAGACCACAUUCAAUCAAAAAACACAAAAUGAAGAGACUUUUAAUGGCGCCAAUGACAUUGUUAAGAAAGGGCAUCAAACACCAGCUGAAGGCGUUGGUCAGGAAGCUAGCAGCCUUAUCAUUGAGUCUACUUUACCGGAUGAUCAGUCUUUGACAUCUGCAUUGGCUAAUUUAAGCUUGAAUGCCGGGGCCAAUAACAUUCCAAACAUGGAACCAUCAGUACUCUAUAAAGGCUUUCCUUAUUCUGGAUUUUCGAUGGAAGGACAAUUUUCUGAUCAAAUUGAAAAGUCACAGUCCGGCCUUGAAGUACUUGGUGGAGCUGUUCCUCCAUCACCCAAUAGAGUAAACUCUGUUAAUUUUGUAAAUUCUACAUUAGACCCCCUGGAGAUGUUCAAUACAUAUGGAAUGAGGUUUCCUUCCCUAACAAAUAUGAACUCCAUGGAUAAAUUCAAUGCAGAGGCAAACAGGGAAGAAAAUGCUAAGCUUUUGAAACUCAAUAUCCAUGAUAUAAAGAAGCAUAAGGUGGAUCCCCGUUUGCCAGUUGAAGAAUUUUCAAAUAAUUUUAGGGAGCAGAGACAUAAUCUUCCCAUAUAUUCAGGACCAGUUCAAAUGUCUAAAGGCAUCCACUCGUUUCCAGUUUUUCCAAGAGUGCCUGUCUCAGGGGUUGAGUUUCCUGGUGCUGCAUAUCAGCAACAGUAUUUUGUGGAUGCCCAGGGUUCCCCAUUUGUGCAGUCACAAGAAUAUGGACAUUCACACACGCCUGUGCAACAUCUGAAUGGCACUCAUAUGCCAUGGCAGCAUGUAGAUGAAAAUAGGCACAGAGCAAUGCAACAGCAGUGUGCCUACUUGCAUCAGCUUCGGAACCUAGGAACUGUGUCUCACAAUCAGCUUCGAGCACCUUCUAAUGGAGCCAUUGGAUCUCUGAGCAAAAAUUGCAGUCAAACUUACUAUGAACUUCCUGUUCCUCAUGUUGAACAGCCCUCUCAAACUUUGUAUUGGAGAGACAAUGCCCUUCCUCAAGGAUUUAACCAGUCCAAUCUUAUGCUACUAGGUGGAAGUCAUUGCCGGUACUAUGCUCAAGGUUUCUGUGGUAGGGGAGAGAGUUGUCCAUUCAUUCAUGGGCAGAACCAGAUACUCAGGAGUGGCAUGCCCUGCUCACCAAAUGAUUUGAAAGAUUAUGAUGUAUUGGCAAAAGAAGCAAAGCCAAUCUACCCAGAAAAAAUACUGACUAGGUCUCAUGGAGCAAAGCCAUUGAAUAGCUUGAAGCCCCGCUCAGUUUCACCCAAUAACCUAGCUUUAUGCCAUGCCCAUUCAAAUGGAAGGAUUCUGUCAAAUGGCCACUGCCACCGUAAUUCAUCUAUUAGAACUGCAGGCUCAUUUCCACUAUCUGGCCAAAACUCUGGAGGAUCUUCCCCUGAUAAGUCGGAGUUGCAUGAAGCAAGGUCACGGCAGCUCCUGAAAAUUAAUUCACUGGAUGAAAUUAAAGGAAAGAUCUACACUUACGCAAAGGAUCAGCAUGGUUGUCGGUUCUUGCAAGAUAUGUUCCAAUAUGGCACCCGAGAAGAUGCACGGAAGAUCUUUGUUGAGAUAAUAGAUCACAUAGUUGAACUGAUGACUGAUCCUUUUGGAAAUUAUUUAGUCCAGAAGCUCUUGGAUGUAUGCACUGCCAACCAAAGGAUGGAAGUAGUUCGUGCUGUUACCAAAACACCUGGGGAUCUCGCACAAAUCUCCCUUGACAUGCAUGGGACUCGAGCUGUGCAAAAAGUCAUAGAAACUGUUGACACCCCAGAGCAAAUUGUAAUGGUUGUGUCAUCUCUUAAGGAUGGUGUAGUUAAAUUAAUGAAGGAUUUAAAUGGAAAUCAUGUGGCCCAGCGUUGCUUGCAAUACUUCGACAACAAGUACAAUGAGUUUCUCUUUGAUGCUGCGGUAGCCAACUGUGUUGAAAUUUCUACUCAUCGCCACGGUUGUUGUGUGAUGCAAAAAUGCCUCACCUUUUCUGAUGGUGAACCAAGGCGUCGUUUAGUUUGUGAGAUUGGUGUGCAUGCACUAAUGCUGUCACAGGAUCAAUUUGGGAACUAUGUGGUGCAAUUUGUAUUUGAUCUUGAUCUUCCUUGGGCAAAUUCGCAUGUCAUGGACCAACUGGAAGGAAAUUUUGCAUGUUUGUCCAUACAGAAAUUUAGCAGUAAUGUGGUCGAGAAAUGUUUCAAGUGUGCUGCAGAGGAGGCUUCAGCCCGUAUUAUUCCAGAACUUAUGGCUGAUUCCCGCUUUCCGCAACUUUUGCAAGAUCCUUAUGCAAACUAUGUUGUUCAGUCAGCAUUGAACAAUUCCAAGGGCCCCAUUCAUGCUGCCCUUGUAAAUGCUAUAAAGCCUCAUGCUCCGGCUCUGAGGAGUAGCCCUUAUGGGAAAAGGAUCCUUUCCUGUACCAGCUUGAAGACCAAUAAAAUAUCAUAGGUUGGUUUGACCGUUGCUUCACACCAGGAGCAUCUGGUGAUGGAUUUUUGGUGUUCAUGGAUGCAGCUAGUACUUUUUAAGUCCAGUUUUGCAGUUCAGAAGACCAUGUGAAGUGUAAUAAAGAAGAAACAUCGGCUUUUUUUUCUUUUUGUGUUUUGUUUAUCUUUUACUUGUGAAAUAUCAAAUGCAUUGCUAGAUCAUUGAAGCGAGGAGGUAGGAGGUUUUUUGCUGCAGAUGAAAAGGGCUUGCUUGUAGAACAUUUUGGAGCAUUGGCAAAGGUUGAAGAAAGCUUUUGUAAGUAGAGGCAGAAAGUUACUAUGCCUGCAAAAACUUGUUUCUCAAUAAGUUAACCUGGGACUUGUGUAUGGUAAAUUAUGGGAGUGUUGUCCAAGUGAAGCUGUUUGGAGGGCUUUCUCAGGUUUGCAGGAACAGGGAGUAGGUGACUUGUGUUAAUAGUUGGUAGUUGUUACUAGAAGGAAUGCUGCUAUAUUGUACCUAGACUUUUCUUGUAUACUUUUUUCUAUGUGCAAUGACAACAUCUCAUGCUUACGGUGUA